AUGAAAGAUUCCCAUGGGUUGAUAGUGAAUGGUUGCGUUGAGCACAAGAUUGUUCAAUGUGUCUUACCUCAGUUUCAACUCAUGGCUGAGAGAGUUGGACUCUUCCAUUGGGAUGAUCGACUUGAUGGAGACUCUCGACUCUUCAAGCUAGCACAUCUACUCAUGAAGAUUAUUCCAGUUGAACUGGAGGAGAUGCACAUAUGUUAUACAAAUUUGAAAGCUUCACCAUCAGCAGAAGUUGGAUGCUUCAUUAAACAGCUCCUGGAAACCUCUCCGGAAGUUCUGAGAGAAUAUCUGAUUCAUCUACAAGAGCACAUGGUAACUGUUAUUACCGCAAGCACUUCAGGGGCUCGAAACAUUCAUGUCAUGAUAGAUUUCCUAUUAAUUAUUGUUACUGAUAUGCCCAAGGACUUUAUUCGUCAAGAUAAAUUAUUUUAUCUCAUGGCACGUAUUGGAGCACUUAUCAGGGAGACAUCAACUCUUAUUCACGAUUUAGAAGAAAAAUCAAGGAGUGGAGAGAGUACUGAUGAAACAAGUCGUGCAACUCAAGACUUGCUGAAAAAUAUUGAACUCCUCAAGGAAGAUGUCAAAUAUGUUUCUCUGAAAGCCCCGGACCUGUGUCAAUGGAGCUUCCCCAUGAGUGAUGGACAGCUCUUUAUGCAUCUGUUACACAGACACUCAACUGAUUUGCUAGAUUCCGAUGCUUAUUCAAUUUCUUGUAUAAAGGUAGAAAUUGAGUUGGUGAGAGAAGACCUAAAAUUCAUGAGAUCAUUUUUCGUGAAUGUUGAGAAAAGAUUGUAUAAAGAUCUAUGGGCACGUCUUUUAGAUGCGGCAUAUGAGGCAAAACAUGUCAUUGAUUCAAUUAUUGUUCGAGAUAAUUGUUUUAAGGAGGAGACAAACUGGUUAAUUAGUAAGCUCACCAGUGGACCGAAAGAUCUAGAUGUCAUCUCAAUCACUGGUAUGCCGGGUUCGGGCAAAACUACUUUGGCAUACAAAGUAUACAAUGAUGAAUCAGUUUGUAGUAAUUUCGACAUUCGUGCAUGGUGCACAGUCAACCAAGAAUAUGAUGAGAAGAAGUUGCUGGUGAAACUUUUUAAUCAAGUUACUGGCUCGGAUUUGAGGUUCAGGGUGGAUAUUGAUGUUGCCGAUAAGCUGCGGAGACAACUGUUUGGAAAGAGGUACCUAAUUGUGUUAGAUGACAUGUGGGAUACUACUACAUGGGAUGAUUUAACAAGACCUUUCCCUGAUGUUGAGAAAGGAAGUAGAAUUAUUUUGACGACUCGACAAAAGGAAGUGGCUUUUCAUGGAAAGGUCAACACUGAUCCUCUUAAUCUUCGAUUGCUAAGUCCAGAAGAAUGUUGGGAGUUGUUAGAAAAAAGGGCAUUUGGAGAGCAGAGUUGCGCUGAUGAACUAUUGGAUGUUGGAAAAGAAAUAGCCGAAAAUUGUAAGGGACUACCUUUGGUGGCUGAUCUGAUUGCUGGAGUCAUUGCAGGGAGGGAAAAGACAAAGUCUGUGUGGCUUGAAGUUCGAAAUAAUUUG